CCAGCUUUUGCUUACUAACGACAAUGGCGGGAGUGGACUCGAGGGAAAAAGGGAAAGUUGAUGCUACGGAAACGAGCGUGAGUGCUCAAAGUGAUAUUAACAAUUUGUCUAAGUUUGUUAUCAAGAGAAUUUUAAAUAACAAUGCUCAGCGUAAGACCAUUUUUGUUGAAGGUCAUUUUCACGAUAAAGAUGGAAAAGCAGUUUUGUUGUUAGAGAAACAAGCAUUUGAUGAAAAAUUUCUAUCUUCCUUAAGUAAUCAAUCUGAACUUAGAAACUAUUUUGUGAAUGAUGUUUAUGGAAAUUACGAAUGCUAUCCAGAUCCACAAUUCAAUGGUUUGAAAACAACUCUAAUUUUCCCAGCAACUGACAAACACGUGCAGAAAUUUGAGUAUCAGCCACAUCACAUAAUUGAAGAGACCAAAGAGCUGUAUAAGACUGUAACAUUACCCCACUUGUCACAAGAACAGUUCAGCCUACAGUGGGUGUACAAUAUACUGGAACACAAAGUCGAAGUGGACCGAAUAGUUGUUGAAGAUGAAGACCCAAACUUAGGUUUUGUUUUGUUGCCAGACCUGAAAUGGGAUGGAAAGCAGAUUGAUACUCUCUAUUUGUUAGCAAUAGUUCGUCCCCGAGGAAUACGAAGCAUUCGAGAUCUGACUGCAGAACACCUUCCUCUCUUGUACAACGUCAGAGACAAAGUUAUAAAAUCAAUAGAAGAGAAAUACACCAUUCCUCAGUCUCAGCUGAGAAUUUAUUUCCACUAUCAGCCAUCGUUCUAUCACCUACACAUACACUUCACCUAUUUGCCUUAUGAAGCUCCAGGUAUUCUGACGGAGAAAGCUCAUCUACUGAGUACAGUAAUCAACAACAUCCAGUUGAGAUCUGAUUACUAUCAAGAAGCCACACUGCCUUUUGCUGUUAAAGAAUCCGACAACUUGUUUUCAUCUUAUGAGAAGAAAGGUCUUGUGAAAAGAAUACCACCUAAAGAAGCCGAUGGAGCAGCCACAAGUAAUAAUUGAGAUUCGUCCCCGUUUGCAUAUUUGCCACAUGUAUUAUCAUGUGAAAGAAAACAAAAAUGAAAAAGGAGACCAACAACCGUACUGUCUAGAAGCUCAGUCUUCAUCAAUCACAAUGAAAUGUGAUCUUUGGGAACAUACUUUUGUGUUUGAUAGUGUUAAAAUUAAACCCACAACUAUUAAGGGACUGGUGCAAGAUGAAGGGAAUGUGAUCACAUGUAGACUUCAGAUUCUAGCUGCAAUAGAUGAGAGCAAGGAAGAAACAACUGCAAAGUUUGUUCCCAGCGUUGUAAAAGAUAGUCCGACCCAGAUUUCCUGUAAACAUUGUCAUUCUGAUUUGUUAAAAGAAGAAACCCGUUUUACUAGAAUUUUACCCUUGCCAACGUCAGAUUUUGAUCCAGGAGACCUAUUUUGUCAUACUCAUAGUCACGAAGAUUUGGAAAGCAAGCAUUGUUUAUAUCCUAGACAGUAUGAUUUUCUUUAUAACAAUUUUUCCUUCAGAAUUCACGGAGACGUGUUGUGCGGCUCUAAAACAAUGUGCGAGAGCAAUGCUGUUUAUUGCAGGGGAUGUGAACUCCGUGUAGGUUCAAAGGAUAGAAACUCCGUCAAAAUUUGGAAUUUUGCCGUGGAUUUUGGCCCUGAUAAUUCUCUGGUAACUCCUGAAGGAGAUUUUGUUUUGUUGGUAAAAAGUUGUGUUCAUGACUCUGUAAGUGCAAUGUGCAAGAUACUAAUCACCUGCCAGCCAGCUUCGGGUGAUAAAGAAUAUUUACUUCUUUGGGUGAUGGACAGAAGUUUAACUUUGUUUGUGAGUUGUGAUGGUUCUAAUAAGUUAAUAAAGAAAAAUGUAAUUAAAUUGCUAUACUCUCAUGAAAAAAGUGAUUCAAAAGUAGUUUGUGAAUGGAAGAAAAAUGUCAACACUAAUACUUUUGAAAUUCCUGAGGUUAUGUUCACAGAAGGAUUGGAUUACUUGAAGAGAUGUAAUAUGUUGUUUCCUAUAUCAUUCAGGCAAGCUAACAACAUGAACGUUGGCUACUUAGGCAUUUAGUAAUAGUUGUUUUAUAGAGUAAUAAUACUUUUUUGUAAACAUUAUACAUUCAUAAUAUAAAGAAUAAAGUGCUGUUUUAGAUA